AUGUCUGCUAUUGAACAUAACGCUAACGCUGCUUCCCACAAGAUCUACGCUCUCCAUCAGAAGGAAGUUGAUGAGAAGUUACAUCAUCAUGAAAAGAUCCAUGGUGUUGACCCACUCCAUACAUCCCACAAGGAAGUUCAGGUAAAGAAGGCUCCAAUUGCCCAUGGUCAAUCUGGCCAAGGCAAGCCAGCUGCUGGUGCUGCCCCAGCCGCCGGUGCUGCUCCAGCUGCUGCUGCCCCAGCUGCCGCCGACAAGAAGCCAGCUGAAAAGAAGCAUUAA